AUGUUCAAAGACCUAGAACUUACCCAUGAGGAGGCCAGUCGCCUCUCCAGAGCGGGUAUUAUUCAACCAUCGGAAAAGUUUGGGAUGAGACUUGUUUCCUCGCAUAUUCUUUGCCUGCCAUCAAACAGUGCCGAUGCACACCAAGGGGCAUCCGCACCCUCAGCUACUGCUUCUUUCCCCACGCGCGCCAGAUCGACCCAAGAAUGGUUCGAGUUGCCUACGAUUUUCGAGAGUAUCACGGCUUUGGAGUAUGUGGGGCUUACUCCCGGGGCCGCCCGUGUCAUUUUAGAGAAUUUCGAAGACGCCCCCGAUUUUGACUACACCCUCCCUGUUUUGGAGGAUUACAUCGUUCAACACUUCGCAUUGGCUGAUAACACCCGUGACCCCCGCGAGGCGAUGACGCUCUGCGGAAUCAACCGAGAAAUACAGGACGCAAUACUCGAUCCGGAAUUCAGAGAGGUGUUCAAGACUCAAUCAGUGAUGCAUUGGGUCGAAGACACGAUCGAGAUGAACUGCAAAACCCUGAGAAUCCAAAUGCACGCUCUUAAAGAACAAGCCAGAGCGGAGCGAGACAAGGCUGCGUUUGACCUUUCUUUGCUUUCUGAAUCGCUUGACAAAGCAGCCGCCUCCAAUCCACCCGCUGAGAUCCCGAGUGGAGCUCCAGCGGAUCGACAGCCGUGGUCCACGUAUCUUCCACAGACGUGCGUGAUUGCUCAGGAUCCGCCUGCGAUUCCCCAAGGGUAUAGGGCCCUAUACACGAAUGUGGUACUCAACUCACAUGUCACCCUCUUCGGCCCGUACGACAAUAUCAAUUUGUACGGUAUAGAAAAAUGUCGAGGUGGAGAUUUCCACGGCGAUUGUUCAGCCAUACCUCUCGUAACGGAGAAAGGCGUUGCAGAACUCGAGCGCAGAUACACAGCGAGGAGGUGUCCUUUAUCAGAAUCGUGGACCGCCCGCAUACUUGUAAGCAAGGAUUUUGUUCACUCCCUUCGAUACAACCGUCUUUACUACUCGCCAGAAUGGAAAUACGUUGUCUGGCGUAAUAGACAACAACAUGUACCGGAAGACCCAUUCGACAACUUUACACAUGCGCACCUGAUGAUCGGCCACAAGUGCAAGGCUCCUUCUAGCGAGAUUAGACGUAUCAAUCGUGAGGAUUUACAGGAGGCUAUAACAGAUCGGCAUGUGAUGACGUUCAACGGAGUGCCGGUUGAGCAGUGGGUUUUCAGGAAUGAGGGUCUGUCCAGUCUGGAGGGCUAUAUUACAGGUAAUCUUCAUGUGGAAGUUCAUGCUCCAAUGGCAUACCAUUAG